AUGUUGAAGUUUAUAAUAAUAUUUUUUUAUUGUUCUGCGAUUUUACAAACGACUACGUCGUCUUCCGAAAGCCGGGCGGAUUCCGGUCAGUUGAAAUUGUUUGAAGAGCCGAUAUCUUACGAUGUGGAGUCAACGGUGUUGUUGAACGAGCUGGAGCGGAAGGAGAAGGAGGUUAGCUACAAGAUAAAGGCGAAGCUUAAUGUGAUCCCGCUCUGGACCGACGCCGGCGCACAAAGUCUUCUCAAGUUCGAGCUCCUGUCACCACGUCUAUUUUCCCGAAGCAAGAGUGUGACAGCAGAUUACUUACCGAUGAAGUCUAUCUGGGACCUGUAUUCACAUUCCACAUUUUAUGCUCAUUGGAAACUCGGUCUCAUCAAAACUGCCUAUUUGGACUUCAAAGAUCCAGUGGAGAUACAGAAUUUUAAAAGGGCCCUGAUAAGUGUGUUCCAGUUUGAAGCGGUCAGCAAGGAGCUCAAUGAAACAGAUGUCUCCGGUACUUGUCAUGUUCAAUAUGAAACCACGUCAAGCAACACGGUCAGGAAGUACAAGAGUUCAUGUAGAGCGAACGACUGGCCUGAGUUGGAAGAGGGCGUGGUGAAGUCGCGGAGACUGGCCAGGUACACGUUGGAUGAGCAGCGACACACGCUGAAGGACCUGCACGCGGAGGAGCUGCACGAGCUGGAGGCGGGCGGCAGGGCGGCCAGGGGGGGACUCAAGGCGCGGGCCUGGCUGAGGCUGACCGCGGGUCAGGCCACCGGGGUUACGCCUCCGCGGGCCUCCUCCUUUGCCGAGGCUCUGGACGCGCUCCCCGACCACGUGGAGAUGGGGUCCCUCCAGGCCGCCCCCGUCCACGUGACGGACCCGCUCUACUUGGAGGAGAGUUUGGAGAUAGAAUUGGAGGCGGCCGUUUUGGAGUUACGAGAACGCUUGACGGACGGGACAUCGGGGGCUGAGGGGGGCGAGGCGAUGACAGCCCACGUGGUGAGGAGGCUUGUACGAGCGCUGAGAGACGCUCCGCUCCCCGCACUGGUGCCGCUGCUCUCCGAGGACCACGACCCGGAGUACCUGAGGCAAAUGUGUAUGUCCCUGGGGCUGGCGGGCACCGCGCACACACACGCCACAGCGAUGCGCUUCUUCCGGCUGAGAUCGAGAGACGCCCCCGUGAAGUUGGUGCACACCUACCUCGCCGCGCUGGCGCUGUCCCCGCAACCACACGAAUCCAUCGUAGAGGACGUGCUGCGGCUGGCCGAAGAGUUGACCGACCUCGAGCUGGCGGAGAGCGCGCUGCUGGCCGGGGCCGCCGCCGCCGCCGGGGACGAGAGGCUGUCGGCCGGCGCCAGGAACACCAUCACCAAGAGCCUCGUGCGGUGUAAGACCGACGAGUGUCGCCGGGUGAGGGUCGUGGCUCUCGGCAACCUGAGGCGGGAGGACACUGUGGAGCUGCUGCUGGAGCACGCUGAGUCGGGGUCGCGGGACGUGGCGCUGGCGGCGCUGGACGCGCUGGGCGGGGCGCGGGCGGCGCUGAGGACGGCCGCGCGCCUCCCGCGCCUGGAGCGACUCGUGCUGCGGCCGCGCCCGCUGGAGCUGCGCGCCGCCGCGCUCGACCUGCUGCUGGUGGUGAGCGCGGAGGCUCCCUUCGGCCUCACUCGCCUCGUUCUGGAGCUGCACGCGGGCGCGCCGCUGGAGCUGCUGCGUCUGGCCUGGCAGCGGCUGCACGCGCUGGCCGCCGACCACCCGCACGUGACGAACAUGAUGCAGCUCCUCCCUCAGCGACUCCGAGGCUGGGAGGUGCAGGCCAUGGCGGGCACGUCGUCAGUCCUGGUGCGGGAGCUGGGUGUGAUGGACGGCUGGCGCGCGCGGCUCGGGUCCGUGCAGGUGGCGAGCGGCGGGCUGCUGCGACGAGGACGAGUCGAGCUGACCGCUGUGAGCCCGCGAGGGGAACACGAUGACACGCUGGCCGUGGAAUUCUGGACCAGAGGACUCGAAGCCAUCGCAGGAAAUGGCCAGAACUCCGACGACGAAGAGGAGGAAGGUGUGGAGGUGAGCGGCGGACUGGCGCUGUCUGUGGGCGGGGUCCGCGGCAGGAGCGUGACGCUCUUCACGGGGCAGGGCGAGCUGCUGGGCCACGUGUGGGCCGGCACCGCCAGCGAGCCCACGGCCGUGCUGCGCGCCGCCCGCACGGUGAGCGCGGCCGGCCUCGCCCUGCCGCUGCUGGACGGGGCGGCGCUGCGCCUGGAGCGGGACGCGCUGCAGCUGCUGGCGCUGGACGCGGCGGCGCAGGUGUCGCUGUGGUCGAGGAGCGCGCGCUCGCAGAUGGGGCUGAGUGUAGCGCUCGAGGCGGCCUGGGGGGCGCGCGUGCUGGCGGCAGGCGCCACGCUCACGGCGCGGGGCUGGCUGCGCGGCGCUCCGAGGAUGGCGAUCGAGGCGGACCUGGACUUCUACGACGGGAACGUGCUGUGUGUCCGAGUGUACACCACCGGCUGUGACAGCAGCGCCGGGUCCGAGCUGGUGUCCAGGACGGGCAUGAGGCACGUGCGGCGCCGCCGACACUCGUCCAUGAAGAGCCCGGGCCGCACGCUCUCACUCGGCCGCAUCAACGACUCGCUAUGCUGCGUGCUCACCGCCAUGGUGUAA